UCAUAAUGUCAAAGGCUUGAGAUACUUGAAGAUGGGCUCCCUAGCUGUUUGCUGUGGUCCUGCAGAGUCGUCUUUCUGGUUUGUUUGUUUGUUUGUUUGUUUAUUUAGUGCAGGCCGGCUUUCUGUCCAGCUUUCUGUCUGGCUUUCUGUCCCGCUUUCUUUCCAGAUUUGGAUUUCUGUCCAGAUUUCUGUCCAGAUUUCUGUCCAGAUUUCUGUCCGGAUUUCCCAUCCACCCUUUUCAUUUCCAACGGGGAGAGUGCUCUAGGUGCCUUAACAUGCUUUUUUGUGGCACAUUUCAUCAUAGCAAGAAUAUUUUUAUUGAUUAAAACCAUUGGUUUAAGUCAGUUUACGUACACAAUAUAAACAACAGACUUUACAAUAACAACAAUAUCAAACAGAUGAUAAAUCUUGACAAAAUGCUUUCAAUGAAAACUCACAUAAUUUUUUUCUAAUCCUCAAAGAGACUACUAUCAGGAUAAAAUGGUACUGCAACAAGGAACUGCACAACAAUAGCUGCAUUUGCCCAAGGACGUUAUAUGAACGUGCUUGAUUUGCCUUGAGCUCCUGGUUCAAAUCCUGGGAAGGUAUCUCAGUUGGAACUGCACCAAUCUUUUGGGAGGGAUGUAAAAUAGGGGUCUGUCUUCAAGGACUUGCCUCAAGCAAGUUAAAGGGGAAGCAACCCCUUCCAGUAAAAAUAUACCCAGCUACAGAAACAGUGGGGAAACAUGCUAACAUAAUAUGCUACUAGGUAUUACAAGGUGAACAACAGCAAUAACAAAAUGCUUUGCUGAAAGUUCACCUUAAACUUUAAGAUAUAGAUGUUCUUCAAAUUUUGAAGAAUGGUGACCAGGUUAUUGAAUUAGUCCAGCCCUAAGUUUUGUUUGAGAGGAUCAUAAUCCACUUUUGGCUACAAUUGUGACUGUCUUCAUUUCAUGGUCUGCUUGAAUCUAUUCAUUCAACCUGCCUCAGGGGUGGGUUGAUUGUUUACAGUUUGCAGCCUGCCAGCCUAACCCGGAAACAAAUACAAGCAGUAUUGGACUUUGGCCAGAGACCAGUGCUGACGUGUGUGCACAUGUACAGGGGGCAGCACACAUCAUGGCUUCCCCACAGUCAAGUCUGGGGGAACAAAUCAGGGAGGAACUGUCCUGUAGUAUCUGUCUGGAUCUGUUCAGCAGGCCCAAAGUGCUGCCCUGUAUGCACACCUUCUGCCAGGACUGCCUAGGGGAUCAUGCAAGAGCUCGGCAGCCAUUUGAAUGCCCAAACUGUCGUCUACAGGUCACCCUCCCCACCCAGGGUGUACCUGGUUUACCUGACAAUCAUUUAGUCGCAAACCUGUGCGAGAGGAUCAGUAAGCAGGUAAAACUACCUGUCAAAACACCUGAUCAGAGUCAGACCCAACCUGAGAAUAAAUGUAUCUUUCACCCCUGGGAGGAACUGAAGCUUUAUUGUGAGCAGUGCCAGCUGUCUGUGUGUACUGAGUGUAUGGGAGACCAUCAUGCCGGCCACCGUACAACUACACCCAAGAAGGCUUCACAAGAAAGGAGAGCAGCCAUCCAAGAACUUGUAUCAGAGGGAAGGAACCUUUUGGAGACCUACUUCACCUUCUUAAGGAGCCUCAGGGACAAGGAGAAAGUUCUACACAAACACAGACAGCAGACAGACAAGAACAUUUACCACAACUUCAAUGAAAUGCUUCAGAUGUUGAUCAACAUGAAGGACAGCCUGUUGUCUGAAGUGGACCAAACACACAGGCAGAACAUGACGGCGAUAGAAGGGCAGAGAGAAAUGGUACUGACUCAAGUGGCUGAGCUGGCGGCUGUCUGUGACAGCGCAGAGGACAGGCUGAGACAGGGUGGGAUGGACUUACCUGGUCAGGAGAGAAGCCUCACACAGGUUAUUGGAAAAUACAGAACAAAAGCACCUCUUAGUCUUGUCCCUAUACAGACAAGGGCUGCUGUAUUUCAUCCCUCAGACACUAGAAAACUGGAACUGGGACAGGUGAGUUUCCAUUCUGUAAGGUCACCCUCCAUAUCCUCAGUAACAAGUUAUACAACAGGAGCGAUGCACAACUCUGAAUACAACCUCCAAGGAGACGGAGAAAAGGACCAUCACCAGUUUGAAAGAACAACUUUUGGUGGAAAAGGCUCAGAGCAAGGAGAGUUUGACAGGCCCUUUGGGGUGGCAGUAUCAGAGGAUGGAGAGAUCUUUGUCGCAGAUCGAGGCAACCAGAGGAUUCAAAUCUUCACUCUACAAGGAACCUUUGUUUCUCAGUUUGUGACAGUUAUAUCUGGUGGUCAGAACAUCUCUCCCCAGAACGUGGCUGUGGACACGGAGGGGAACCUGUGGGUGGUGGGGAACCAUGGUGUAGCUGACUUUGCUGUGCUGUACACCAGGGAGGGGAAGGUCCUGACAACAAUCGACCUACAACAGACCAGGUGGUCCAGAGGUGUUGCCAUAGAUACCAGGAGGAACAACAUCAUUGUAACACAAACCAUGGGAGAGUGGGGGUUCUGCUGCGGGGAGGUGCAAGUCUUCAGGCCAGACGGAAAACUUGUUAAAACUAUCGGGAAAGACCAGGGGAUGAAGAACCCAGAGUACAUCACUGUGGACAGUAGUGGGAACAUCCUUGUGUCAGACUGUGAGAACAGUUCCGUCUACGUGUACGAUGAAGACACAAAUUUCUUGUUCAGUUUUGGUGGUGAGGGGAGCAGGGAGGGUCAGCUGACCUAUCCACGUGGUAUCUGUAGUGACAGCUCAGGUAACAUCGUGGUGGCAGACUGGGGAAACAGCUGUGUUCAGUUGUUUGACAGGAGAGGAAGGUUCCUCAAACACAUCAACACAGACAUCAGACAACCAUGGGCUGUUGCCAUGGCACCACAUGGACAGCUGAUAGUGACAGAUGACACCAACAACACAGUAACAAUUUUUCCAAGAUACUAGUACUAGACUUCAGGCAGUGACUCUGGCCAAGGUACUAGUAAUAACAAACGAUUCCAACUCUGCAACAAAGACUGAUAACAUGGUUAUAAUCACCCCCUUGAAUGGAGAUAUUGUUUUUGAAGUGACUGUUUGUGAGAUACACAUAACCAGGGGCAAAUUAUGAAAAUAAAGGCUCCAUUUUUGGCAAAAUAAUGAGAAAAUUGUAUAAUUCUUGCAUUUUCAUUGACACAUGUGACUUAAAUAAUGUAGGGUGGGUGGGCCUAACAUUACUAGCUUUUGAUGCAGUGACUCUUGCCACAUUUUAUAUUUUCUGAAUAAUAAUAAAACUUAUUAAAAGUGUGACAUGACAAGCAUCAGACUGUCAUCAUAUAUGCAUUUCCAAAAGUAGCCAUCUGAAGCAGGUAGUAUACUCUAUGAUAAGUGUAAGGAUAAUGUUGCAGUCCAUAACUCAUUCUAAGAUUCCUUUUACUCAAAAUAAGAGUAUGAAGGUGUAAUCAUCAACAAUUACAGUAUGUGAACUAAUACAAUGUACAACAAGCCAUAAUCACCCAUUGUAUAGUUGCACAUCAGUAUAUCUUGUAUCAAGUUAUGUGGAAUGUUGUUAUGCAAGAUAUUUUCAUGAUUAAAGCAAUGCAUACUGUCCAAA